AUGUCUAGUUUGUGUCAGAGCCAGGGGCCGCCCUGUUUGGAGCACCCCAGUUACGUGUUUUAUAAAUCGCUGAAGUAUACGUGCAACAAUGGCAGCAGAACAUUAACUUGUGGAGACUUUUUCUUCAUCGACCUGACCAGCUCGGCCCCGCUUUGUAUCGGUGAGCUGGAGCUGGUCUGGAGGGACGUCGCCUCCAGUCUGCUUUUGGUUAGCGUCAAAUUAUAUUUCCGACCGGAGCACACUCCAGAGGGAAGACAAGAUGAGACGGGAGAG